AUGACGUACGAUGAUCCAUGGCUCUUAGCUGGAGACUUCAACGAAAUCAUCGCAGCUAAUGAAAAAAGAAGAGGGGCUCAUGCUGAUGUUGGCAGAUGUUCCGCCUUUGCUUCGAUGCUCGAUGACUAUCAGCUGAUGGACCUUGGUGGAUCUGGACCAUUCUUCACGUGGAAGGGUCCAAAAUUUUCCCACCUAGACCGGGUGUAUAAACGUCUUGAUAGGGAAGUUGCAAAUGCCCAUUGGAGAACAAUGUUCGAUGAAGCCACUAUUCACAUAGGUCCCAGGGUUUAUUCUGAUCAUAACCCACUAUACAUUUCCCUGUGUAAGGAUAACAAUAAUUGGGAAGACAGACCUUUUCAUCUGUUCCCACCUUGGCUUGACCACUCGCAGUUUCUAAACGUGCUUACUGAGAACUGGAGGAAAGAUACAGACGUUGGCACAAACUUGACCGAGCUGGUUCCUGCCUUAAAGGAGUGGAACACAAAUGUGUUUGGUUUUAUUCCAACAAAGAAGGCUGUUAUCCUUCGUCGUCUGGCUGGCAUCCAAAGCUCUCUCGAUUAUGGACAUAAUUCGUACCUUGACAAGAUGGAAUGUGAGUUGAGAAGUGAGCUUGAUAAGACCUUAGAACUUGAAGAGAAACUUUUGUACCACAAAUCUAGAGCCAUCUGGAUUCGAGAAGGUGACCGUAAUACUAAGUUUUACCACACCACUGCCGUUGCUAGGAGGAGGAAGAGCAAAAUCUUAGCCUUGAAGAAUGCAGCUGGAAUUUGGAUUAGAAGUGAACUGAACCUUAAAAACAUGGUGGUAAACUACUAUAAGCAGCUCUUUGUCGAGGAAGAAGCAAAUAGAAAGUGGAUGACCACCUCAAUUAACUGGCCACCUUUGGUGACCCACGAUAAAUAG